CCAGAAGGUUUCUGGCGGGGCCGGCGCCAUCUUGCCGGAGCCUGCGACCGAGUGGGAGUGGAGUGGAGCGGCCGUUGUUGCCGACUCUUUCCUCCUCCCCACGGUCCAGUCAGCGGUUGAUUAGGCCAUCGGCCCUCAAGCCGAGACUUGUCUCUUAUUUAGUUCUGGGGAGCACCUGGCCGACAUGAGUGAUGUAGAGGAGAACAACUUCGAGGGCAGAGAGUCUCGCUCUCAGUCAAAAUCUCCAACGGGAACGCCUGCUCGUGUAAAAUCGGAGAGCAGGUCAGGAUCUCGUAGUCCAUCAAGGGUUUCCAAACAAUCAGAAUCCCAUUCUCGAUCAAGAUCAAAAUCCAGGUCGAGGUCAAGGAGGCAUUCUCAUAGACGUUACACUCGAUCCAGAUCCCAUUCUCACUCUCAUAGGAGACGAUCUCGAAGUAGGUCAUACACACCAGAAUACCGGCGUCGAAGAAGCCGAAGUCAUUCUCCAAUGUCUAACCGGAGAAGACAUACAGGCAGCAGGGCAAAUCCAGAUCCCAACACUUGUCUUGGAGUGUUUGGCCUCAGUUUAUACACAACAGAGAGAGAUCUUCGUGAAGUAUUUUCUCGAUAUGGACCAUUGAGUGGUGUCAAUGUGGUUUAUGAUCAGCGAACUGGUCGGUCACGAGGAUUUGCUUUUGUUUAUUUUGAAAGAAUAGAUGACUCAAAGGAGGCUAUGGAAAGGGCAAAUGGAAUGGAGUUGGACGGUAGAAGAAUUCGAGUGGAUUAUUCUAUUACCAAGAGAGCGCACACACCUACACCUGGCAUCUACAUGGGCAGACCAACUCAUAGUGGCGGUGGCGGUGGUGGAGGUGGUGGUGGAGGUGGAGGAGGUGGCAGGCGUCGAGAUUCUUACUAUGAUAGAGGAUAUGAUCGUGGAUAUGACAGAUAUGAAGACUACGAUUACCGGUACAGAAGAAGAUCACCUUCUCCUUACUAUAGUCGGUACAGAUCACGAUCAAGAUCUCGUUCCUACAGCCCAAGACGCUAUUGAUACACAGAAUGGUUGCAGAUGAGGACAUCUUUUUCUUUCUGUGUGUGUGUGUGUGUAUGUGUGUGUGUGUGUGUGUGUGUUGGUUUGGUUUGCUUUUGGGCUUUUGGUUUUGGUUUGGUUUGGUUUUGGGUCUUGAGUUUGUUUUUUGUUUAAUUCUGGAUUUCCCCAAGCUUCUAAUCCUUUUUACUUCUUAAAAAGAACCCUUAAAAAAAAAUCUUCGGUUUAUUCACCAUCUACACUUUGUCAGUUGUAUUGCUGUUUCCACCCCUUAAAGAUGUAAUUGUUGUCAUUUUGAGUAGUUACACAUCUUAAGUAAAAAAAAGGAACCCCCAGUGUUACGCUUUGUAAACGAUUUUUUUCCUUUUUUUCUUUUUCUUUCUUUUUUUCCUUUUCUUCUUUUUUUUUUUGCUUUCCUUUGCUUUUACAGAAAAUUAACUCCUGGCUAAUCAAAUGAGGAAAGAAAUGAUCUUUUUAAAGCUUCUUUUGUGUUAGGUAUUGUAUUAGACAUUAUACUAGAGACCUCCAUUUACGACGAACUCCUUUUUUAACUUUCUUUUGGGGAAGGUAGUAACACAUAAAGUAGUUCAGUCAUGUCAAGUUUGUCUGGGGUGGCAUGGAGCAGUCAAAUAGUUGAGUGUAGAAAGUUUGAAGCUAUAUAAGAAAACACUUGUUCAUUUCUUUGGAAGAACAAAAUUUUUGAACCCUAAAAAUUAUGUCAUUUUUUUAAGAGAUGAAAGCUUGUGGACUCCUACAAAACAUGUUGUAUUUAAAAUACAUCUGUUAAGACUUAAAGUGUGAUGUUUGUGUUGAAUUUAUUGAAAUUUAAGUAUUCCCUUAAUCAGUGAAGGACAACUAUUAUUUAUUACUUAGAGCAAUUGUAUACUUUGCUGUUAGAAAUUUUUGUAUGGGGACAAUGGUUAAGCAGGCUAUUAUUGUAUAGUAUAGAGUUCUUUAGAGGAUACGUGUGAGGAAAAGUAGUCUCCUUUCAAAUAAAGGUUAAUUUCUUUGAAAA